AUGUUGUACAAACAGCCGAGUGUCCUAAAUGGUCGAGCAGAUGUCGUUUAUGUGACACCAUGGUUGGCGCCAAUUGUUUGGGAGGGAACCUUUGAUCCUACACUGAUUGACUCUAUCUACAAACAACAGAACAUCACUAUAGCCACCACUGUUUUUGCUUUGGGAAAAUAUAUACGUUUCCUCAAAGAUUUUCUGGAAUCAGCUGAGCAGCAUUAUUUUGUUGGAUUUCGAGUACAUUAUUACUUGUUUACAGAUCAACCAGAAGCAAUUCCUGAUGUAAAGCUCGGUGAAGAACGUCAGCUGAGAGUGCAGACGGUCCCAAAAAUGGAUAGGUGGCAGGACAUUACUAUGGGAAGGAUGGGAAUGAUUGCAAAACUAACUGAGAGUGAACUGGCAACUGAGGCUGACUACAUUUUUUGCCUUGAUGUGGAUACAAAGUUUUAUGCCCGCUGGAGUGUGGAGGCAUUAGGCAGUCUUGUAGGAUUGAUUCAUCCUUGGCUAUAUGACUUUCGACGGGAUCAAUUUACCUAUGAACGUAGACCAGAGUCGCAAGCAUAUAUUCCAGUUGAAGAAGGUGAUUAUUAUUAUGCUGGUGGUGCGUUUGGUGGCUCGGUUCAGGAAGUGCAUAAGCUCACCAAAACCUGCAGUGAGCAGCAGAAUAUUGAUGCUGCUAAAUCCAUUGAGGCAAUAUGGCACGAUGAGUCUCACUUAAACAAGUAUUUUCUUUACAAUAAACCCACUAAGGUUCUCUCACCUGAGUAUCUGUGGCGAGAUAUUAAUGCCAAAACAGACACCAUUAAAACUAUUCGCUUCUGUAGUGUAGCUAAAAAUGUUGCCGAGGUUCGCCCAAACUUAUAG